AUGAAUACAACCUCAAAAAUAACUGUUUCGUCUCCUAACGUGAAAUAUACCGAUGAUUAUAUAUUUUCUGAAUAUGAAUACAAUGAGACUUUAGUUGCGAAAAAGGAUAAUGAGUUUGUGGCAAAGCCAUACCGCACAUCAAUAUCUAUCCGAACAGGUCGGAAGGUGGGUAGAGUGGGUGUUAUGUUGGUAGGUUGGGGUGGCAAUAAUGGUUCUACCUUUACAGCAGCAGUGUUGGCAAAUAAGCACCAAAUUUCAUGGAACACUAAGAAUGGUCAAAUGAAACCUAAUUGGUUCGGUUCAAUUACACAAGCAUCAACUGUGCGUCUUGGUAUGGAUGAAAAGGGUGAAGAUGUGUAUGUUACCAUGUCUAGCCUUCUGCCCAUGGUUCAUCCAGAUGAUCUUUUAAUCGACGGUUGGGACAUAAGCCCAAUGAACUUGGCAGACGCAAUGGUCCGCGCCAAGGUCAUAGAUUACGAUCUGCAACAGAAGUUACGUAAGGAAAUGUUGCCAAUGAGACCAAGACCCGCCAUUUACGACCCCGACUUCAUUGCUGCUAACCAGGUGGACCGUGCAGUAAAUUUGAUCCGCGGAACAAGAUACGAGCAGUACCUGCAAAUUCGAGCGGACAUCAAAGAUUUCCGCGACAAGAAGAAGUUGGACAAAGUUAUCGUUCUAUGGACUGCUAAUACUGAAAGAUUUUGCGAAGUAAUACCCGGCAUCCACGACACAUCUGAAAACUUAGAGAAGGCUCUCCGUCAGAACCACUCUGAGAUAUCGCCCUCUACCAUCUUCGCGCUAGCAGCGAUUGACGAAGGGUGCUCGUACAUUAACGGGUCCCCACAAAACACGGUAGUGCAAGGCGUGGUGGAGCGCGCCGAGAAGAACAACGUGUUCGUGGCCGGAGACGACUUCAAGUCCGGACAGACGAAACUCAAGUCCGUUUUGGUGGAUUUCUUGGUUUCUGCUGGUCUGAAGCCGGCGUCCAUCGUGAGCUACAACCACCUCGGCAACAACGAUGGCAAGAACCUCUCCGCGCCGAGACAGUUCCGCUCCAAGGAGAUAUCGAAGAGCAACGUGGUGGACGACAUGGUGGCGUCCAACUCCGUGCUGUACGCGGCCGGCGAGCGCCCCGACCACGUCGUCGUCAUCAAGUACGUGCCGCACGUCGGUGACUCGAAGCGUGCAAUGGACGAGUACACGUCGGAGAUCCUGCUGCACGGCGCCAACACGCUGGCGAUACACAACACGUGCGAGGACUCGCUGCUGGCGGCGCCGCUCAUGCUCGACCUCGUGCUGCUCGCCGACCUGCUCGCCCGCGUGCAUCUGCGCAGGGGCGAGGACGAGUGGUGCAGCCUGCACGCGGUGGCGUCGCCGCUGUCGUACCUGGUGAAGGCGCCGCUGGUGCCGCCGGGCGCGCCCGUCGUGCACGCGCUGUCCCGCCAGCGCGCCGCCCUCGACAACCUGCUGCGCGCCUGCCUCGCGCUGCCGCCCGCGCACCACAUGCAGCUCGAGCACAAGGUUCCGUUCUUAAUGUCGGAGCUCCGCUCGGGCGCCAUGUUCAAGGCAGCGCCGCCCGCCAAGAAACAGAAGAUGGCGCAGGAAAAUGGCGACAAG